UCCUCUCUCACGCCGAGGCACUUCCGCCUUGAGUCGGAAGCGCCGGGGUAACCGAAGGAGUACUAGAACGUGGGGAUUUCCGGGGGGAGUUUGGGUCGUGGGUGGCGACGGCGACUAGAGUGACCAACUUGGGCACUGGAGUUGGUGUGAAGAUGCUGACCCCUGCGUUCGACCUCAGCCAAGACUCGGAUUUCCUGACUAUCGCCAUCCGCGUGCCCUACGCUCGGGUCUCCGAGUUCGAUGUCUACUUCCAUGGAUUUGACUUCAAGUUCUACGCCAAGCCGUAUUUUCUCAGAUUAACUCUUCCUGGAAGAAUUGUAGAAAAUGGAAGUGAGCAAGGGUCCUAUGAUGCAGAUAAAGGAAUUUUUACUAUUCAAUUGCCCAAAGAAACUCCUGGCCAGCAUUUUGAGGGGCUGAACAUGUUAACUACCCUUCUGGCACCAAGGAAAUGCAGGACUGCAAAACCACUUGUGGAAGAAAUAGGUGCUUCUGAGGUUUCUGAGGAAGGAGUAGAAGAUGACGACGAUGACUUUGAUUGGGAAAUUGAACAGUCCCCCUAUAAAGAGGUAUCAGAAAGUGCUCUGAACGUGCAGGGCCACUAUGGAUUUGGAGGCCUACGGUCGGGAGUAUUUCAGCGAUUACAGGAUGAAUUCAGUGACGUCAUUGAUCUUAAGGAUCCAGAUUUUACUCCUCCAGCUGAACGAAGGCAGAAACGCCUGGCUGCUGAGAUGGCCAAAUUUGAUCCUGAUCAUUAUCUAGCUGACUAUUUUGAAGAUGAAGCAGUUGAACAGAUUUUGAAGUAUAAUCCAUGGUGGACUGAUACAUAUUCAGAAAUGCUGACCAUUUUGGGAAAGAGUCAGGAGCAAGAAGAUCAUGCUGCAUUGGUGUCUUUUUCAGCAGAAGAGAAAUAUCAGCUACGAAAAUUUGUCCAUAAGUCUUACCUACUGGACAAGAGAGCUCAUCGUCAGGUGUACUACAGUCUGAUUGAUAUCCUUCUGGCGUAUUGCUAUGAAACUCGUGUCAGUGAAGGAGAGAAGAAUGUUGAAUCUGCAUGGAAUAUCAGAAAACUGAGUUCAACACUGUGCUGGUUUGAGACUUGGACUAAUGUUCAUGAAGUCCUGGUGUCUUUUGGAAGAAGAGUUUUGUGCUACCCACUUUAUCGCCAUUUCAAGCUGGUGAUGAAAGCCUACAGAGACACUAUAAUGAUAUUGCAACUAGGUAAAAGUGCAGUUUUAAAGUGUCUACUGGAUAUUCACAAAAUUUUUCAGGAAAGUGACCCAGCCUACAUUCUAAAUGAUCUCUACAUCUCAGACUACUGUGUAUGGAUUCAGAAAGCCAAGUCCAGAAAGUUGGCGCAGCUCUUGCCAAAAACCUUGAGAGAAGUAUCCCUGACCAAGGCCCAGCUGGGGUUAGAAGUUGAAGAGUUGGAAGCAGCAGCACUUCUUGCCAGGAGGAAGAAGCUGCAAUGGAAGCAGCCCAUGUGUUUCCGUGCCCAGACAUCUUCCUCCAGUUCUGAGGCAAGUGAUGUAGAGGUAGACCAGAACCACUCCUCUGAGUCUGAAGACUCAGCUUCAGCAGAGGAGCUCAAGAAUAGUGGUCUGAAACCAGUAAAUUCUUUGCAAGGUCCCUUUCUUGAAGAAAGCAGUGCCUGCUUAUUGAUGAUGGUGCGGUUGUGCAGAAACUCGGCCAUCCUGAAGUAUGAUGUUCGUCAGGGAAAGCCUCUGAUCUCGCCCAAGCUCUUGGAGGAUUUGAGGCCUCUGGUAGAGGAGCUUGGAGAACAACUGAAGACUACGGUUCAGAUUUCCAGACCCAAAGGCUCUGUUGCUGAGAACCUCUGUGUGUACAAGAUAAGACGAUGGUAAACUCCAAAUGAUUGAUUCAAAGGGUUUAUUCCUUGUUGAGAAUAUGUCAUAUUUGGCUUAUUUACUGACUGAGAAUUUAAUUUUACUUUGUAGUUUUUCUUAGUGUAUUAUACAACAUUAUUUUUCAAUUGAACUAAUGUUGAUACCUUUUAGUUUUCUUGCUGAAACUCAAAAGUAUUUUACAAAGUGUAAUUAAUAGUUGAAGAUAAAAACAAUUAGUUCUGUCACAACCUGUAGAAUGUAGAGCCCAUUCCUAUUUUAAUAGUGUUACCACCAGGUAUACUUGAAAUAUACUAACUGCACAUACUUAAAGUCUACAAUAUGAUAAGUGUUGACCGUAGAUAUAUAUGCCAAAUUAAUCCUCACGUAAUCAAGAUACUGUAUUUACCCAUCAUCUCCAAGUCCUCAUGUCCCUUUGUUACCCUCUCCACUACCAACCCCACAUGCCACCCACCCCACAACUCCCAGGAAAGCAUUGAUCUGUCCCUGUCACUAAUAUUAGUUUGCAUUCUCUAUUGAAUCACGUAAUAAAUACUGCAUUUUAUCAGGCUUAUUUCACUCAGUAAAGUUAUUUUGAGAUU